GCUUCCAGUGAGUCCUGCUGCUGCUGCUGCUUUUAUUCUUCAUCACAACAAGAUGACAUUCGUCCUUUUUACUUUGUUCCUUUGUGGAUUCAUCCUGGAAAUCAAUGCAGGACGUGGUUUUCAAAAACUGAAAACAGAACCUAGGUCAUUCCCACCAAUAAGAUCCAUUGUGGCAUGUGAGGAAUCAAUGGCUGGAUUAGUGUGUGAAACUGGGUCUAUAACUGUGACCAGUGCUAAAUAUGGACGCAGCGAUCAGACGACUUGCUCCAAUGGGAUACCUUACGACCAGACAAUGGAUACUGAUUGUACUACAAGGGCAGAUUUAGUGUUUGAGAGAUGCAACGGGAAAUCGAUGUGCCUUGUCUUAGCCAGGAGCUCUCUGUUCAGAGAUCCCUGUGUCGGGACCUACAAGUACCUGGAGGUGAAAUAUGUUUGUGAAGAACCUAGGCCGUCCCCAACAAUAAGAUCCAUUGUGGCAUGUGAGGAAUCAAUGGCUGGACUAGUAUGUGAAACUGGGUCUAUAACUGUGACCAGUGCCAAAUAUGGACGCAGUGAUCGGACGACUUGCUCCGAUGGGAUACCUGACAACCAGACAGACGAUACUGACUGCAAAAAGGAAAUAUAUGAAGUUGGUAGGAGAUGCAACGGGAAAUCGGCGUGCGCUAUCUUUGCCAGUACCUCUGUUUUCAGAGAUCCCUGUGUUGGGACCUACAAGUACCUGGAGGUGAAAUAUUUUUGCCAAUAGCCGUUUUAAAAUAAUCGGCCCUGAAGCGACCAUCCGAUCUGCUGCACUGAGGAUGAAAUGCAUCAUAAUCAGUAACAUCUACAGACGUUGUGAUCCACUCAUGUGCAGCUUCAUCUCUCUUCAGUGUCUUUCAGUUUUCUUAGCAUUUUAUUUGUUUUUCUUCUCCAAUCUUCAUCCUUUUUGAUUUUAUUUCAACUUUUCC